AGUGGGCUAGAUUCUCGCGAGAAGCCCCGCAUUUCUAGCAGGCCUGUAGCGGGAUCUCCUCCUACCUCACCGAACGCGAAAAACGGCUGGUGUCAUCCUUAGAGGUUUUUUUUGUUUCUUCAUUCAUUUAUUGAACCUAACUGGACCAACUGUUCAGUUCACUGUUGUUCUACUUUGUGGAUUGUCCACCACCGAGCUUCACAGCCCACCCAGGUGUACGCUGGUCUGAAGAAGCUCUGUGCUGAAUCAUGGGGAAUAUUUUUGGGAAUCUGCUGAAGAGUCUGAUAGGGAAGAAGGAGAUGAGGAUUCUGAUGGUUGGAUUGGAUGCAGCUGGUAAAACAACUAUUCUGUACAAACUCAAACUGGGUGAGAUUGUUACAACCAUCCCAACAAUUGGCUUUAACGUGGAGACAGUGGAGUAUAAGAACAUCAGUUUUACUGUGUGGGAUGUGGGUGGCCAAGACAAGAUUCGACCCCUGUGGAGACACUACUUUCAAAACACACAAGGUUUGAUUUUUGUGGUGGACAGUAAUGAUCGAGAGCGAGUUAAUGAAGCCAGGGAGGAGCUGAUGAGGAUGCUGGCAGAGGAUGAGCUGCGUGAUGCUGUUCUCCUUGUUUUCGCAAACAAACAGGACCUGCCUAAUGCGAUGAAUGCAGCUGAGAUCACAGAUAAGCUGGGCCUCCAUUCGCUGCGCCAUCGUAACUGGUAUAUCCAGGCCACCUGCGCAACCAGCGGCGACGGUCUGUACGAGGGCCUCGACUGGUUGGCCAAUCAGCUGAAGAAUAAGAAGUGAGGGGGUCUCAGUUGGGUGUGAGGGCUUAUUUAGGGAAAGGGGUGGGGUCAGUUGAGGUUACGAUAUUAUUUGGUUUGGUUCUGUUUGUUUAGUUUACGUUUUUUUUUCUUCUCCCAAUUGUGUGAUUACUAGACCCUUCAGAUGGUCUGUGUAAAUGGACUUAUCACACAUGUUCACUCAUGUUCACACAUCUGAAUACACCAUAUGGACAUAUGCACACACACAUACAUAUGUGCACGCUCACAAACAGACUGAUGCAUGAAUCUACAGACAUCAAAUGUGUCUCUGCUCCUUUAUUUUCUUCUUCGCUCUCAGUAUACGUUGGACUACAGGCCCCUUUUCAGCACAGUACCUUUGUAUCUCUCUCCUUACAUUGAUUAAUAAUGAUUACCCAACAUGAUUAUUCAGAUUUUCUACACACUUGUAAAAGAAGAACCUUUAAAGUGAGCUGAGGCUGUAUUGACUGAUUGAGUCCAUUUCAGUCUUGUAUUUUCAGUUUAGAUUUUGUAGGAUAAUAUUUUUGUGAAGAGAAUUUAUUUUGCAGCUUGUCUCAUUCCACACAUAGACAUAUAGCAGCAUACACACACUCACACACACUCUACACACUCCAACUGACAUUAAGCAACUCUUUUCCUUUGCUGUUGGUUAGUAGCUAUGUUAGUUAGAGCUGAGUUUUGCUGCGUAAACGUGUGCGCCACUGUGCUCUUCUGCAUGGCUUUUCUCUGUCAUGGUUGCAGUAAUGGUGUUGUGGCUCAGUAGACAGUAGACUGCAUGUACGUGUUCUAGAAGUGUAGAGCUGGUCGGUGUUGCAUGCUGCUUUGUGGUGGCUGUGUUGUUUUAGAAAGGCAGUGUCCUGAAUGGCUAGCUGGAUUGGUUGGAUGUAAAUUUUUGAUGUAGAUGAGGUGAAUGUAUUACGGUAGUAUGCAACAGAACACAGAAGAUCAUGGGAGACGCCGUAAGUGCAUGUCAGCAUACAACCCAGCACACUGUGCAGUAUUACAGUUUUUCUCAAUUGGUUUGGCUCAUUUCUUGAAAC